AUGCAAGUCUUCAAGGUUUUUAAGUCACUUAAAUACUUAUCAUAUUUUAUCAAUCUGAUUGGUGAAAAGCAAUAUCAAUAUGAAAGAGAUAGAAUGAUUGGAAUGAAUUUUAUAUGUACACCUGGAAGACUCUUCAAGCAUUUUUAAGAGUUCCUGGAUUUGAUGAAAAUAAUGUAAAAGUCUAAGCUAUGAUGAAUCUGAUAGAAUUAGGUUUUUGGACACCUUUAAAGCCAANUAAAGGAUUAUAAAGCUACACUCCCGGUUGAGUAGAUUGAAAAUGAGGAAUAAGACUUAGGAAUUAAAUUAGAGGAUGUUUUAUUACAAGAAUAAAUGUAAGUGAAAAUUAGCAGAAGAAUUCGAAAGGAUAAAUGGUUUAAAAGAAUGGUUUAUUUGAAGAAAGAUUCAUUAAUUUGGGCAAAAUAGGAAUCAGGUGACUCUGAAAAUUAUAUAUUGAUCAUAUCUAUAAAAAAUGUUAUAGGAUAGGACAAUGAUUUCCAUGUAAAACAAUAAUAAUAUAUUAGGUAUACACUAAAGAUGAAAAAACAUUCAAAUUUAGAACAAAUUCACAAGAAAUAAGAGAUGAAUGGAUUAAGAAGAUUGAGUUUUUACAAUUGAAUUUAAAGGGGGAAUUUAAGGAUUUGGAGAAAGUGACUGAAUUGCCACCAGAAAAUGUUCAUAAAUCUUAAUCUAUUGAAUAGAAGAAGAGCCAUUCUAUUGAAAAAUAAAAAGUUUAGCCUGAAGAAAUUGAAGAAAAAACUAAUAAUAGUUAAGAUAUUGCUAGUUUUUAUGACAACUUUUUCCAAUAGAAGAAAGAGUAAGAUUAAUAAAAUAAAGUAAAUAAAAAGUCUCAAUCUAGUGGAAAAUCAAUAUUUCAUCAGAUUUUCUGUUGUUACUCUCAAGACUAUGAAACUGAUAGAGGGUUUUGA